AAGAGCAGGCUCGUUCUUUCGAACAAAGCGUCGCUGCAAACCCACGACUGAGUCGGGCGGUCUUCCUCAUCAACGUUCCAGCGCAUCAUCUCUCCCUCGUCGGAUCUGUUCCAUCUCACAUGCCUACACGCUAUUGGCCUGCGUGAACGCAGCCCUUUGCACCAUGAUGGCCUCGGCAUUCAAAGUAGUGCUAGCCGUCUGCUCCCUCGUAAUCCACGUUGCUGGAUUUUGGUACAGGAAAUUCCUGCAGAGAUGGAGUACAAAGAGCUCUACGAGCGAGUGGUUCGAGGCUUUGCGACACGCCGAGGUCUUUGAGGACUGGGAACAUGCUGCUCUACAACUGGACAACAUACACCAACUCAAUCUUUGGCGAAAUGAUCCAACGUCGCAGUCUUAUGAUUGGCGGUUGAUCAACAAUCGUACUGAAAACAUCAUUGCUGCUCGCGAAAGCGGCAACGUUCAGGCCCUCAUGGACAUGAUCCGCGCCGGCCUCGUCCGCAACCUGGCUCACAUCACAUCACCACGUCUGUUCAACCGCUCAUUUGCCGGCACGAAAUACCUGAUCGAGGAGUAUAUCGCACAAGUUGCGGCCUCAAUAAAAGAUAUCGACGAGGAGGCCGUCAUCCCCACAGACGACUUCUCAGGUAGGACGCACGUCCUUUCGAACCAGCGCAAGCUCGAUUUCCUGCACGACUCCAGACAAGCGCUGGGUAGGACGACUCUUGUGCUCCAGGGAGGAGCAAUGUUUGGUCUCUUUCAUCUGGGUGUCGUCAAGGCGCUCUUCCUCCGCGGGCUGUUGCCACGUAUCAUCACAGGGACUGCUACUGGAGCCUUGAUCGCCACCCUCGUGGCUAUCCACACCGACGAAGAACUUCCUGCAGUCCUCCGGGGCGAUGGCAUCGACCUCUCGCCUUUUGUGGACCACGGAAACAAGAUGCACGCGAGACAGAAGGGCAAGUCGUCGUUCUUUGCUGGCUACGACACCCUGACACGCCGGGUUCGGCGCUUCUGGCGUGAGGGCCAUUUCCUAGACGUCACGGUGCUCGAGGAAUGUGUCAAGGCCAAUGUCGGUGACUUGACGUUUGAGGAGGCUUAUAAUCGGAGCAAGCGCGUGCUCAACAUCACGGUUGCGACAGAGUCUGGACAGGGAAUUCCGACCUUGCUGAAUUAUCUUACAGCUCCACAUGUGUUGAUUCGCACUGCUGCGGUAGCAUCCAAUGCCGCAAGCCCAACCCUCUAUGGCAGCAGGCAAACGACAGUUCUGUGCAAGGACGAGAAAGGCAACAUUGUGCCUUGGGCACCGGCCAACACCUUUCGGCACUGGACUUCAAGCUCAGAAAAGGGGCAUAAGUCCCCCAUGGCUCGCAUUGCACAGCUCUUCAAUGUCAACCAUUUCAUCGUCAGCCAAGCGCGACCGUACCUCAUCCCUUUUCUCAGAUCGGAUAUGCAUGGACCGUCGCUAGUCUAUGCACGCCACAGGCAAGCACAGGUCACCGAUAACCUGAUUCGAAUAGUGGGACUGGAAAUCCGCCAUCGGCUCAAACAACUAGACACCCUGGGGUUGCUCCCCGUCAGCAUAAGAAGAUUUCUUGUCGACCUGGAGAUGCCCGGGCCGACAAUGUUGCUUGUUCCGAAGGUCACGAUGGGUGAUUUCACACGACUGCUCGACACGCCAACCCGCGAAAAUCUGGACUAUUGGAUAGACAGAGGAGAGCGUAGCGUAUGGCCAGCAGUCACGGCAUUGAAAGUACGAUGUGCCGUAGAAUAUGAGAUCGACAGGGCGUAUCAGCGGGCCCGGAGCCUGAAAGCUGGCGGGCUGCGGAGGAAGGCUAGCACGGCGGCCGCCCCAGAACUCCUUGAAUCCUCGGCUUCGCUAUCCUCCAGUCAGACACGUACGGGUCUCCCCAGAUAGAAGCUGAGGUCCCGUUCUACCGAAUCGCCCGGCUUGUACCGAGUCGAUGAAGAGGACGAAGAUGACCAGAAAGGAGAGAUGGAGCGUGUCGGAGACGGCGUCAGUCGAAACAGCCACCGGCGACUGCUGCAGGGAGCAAAGACCCUACCAGCUGACUCGAAUGGAAGCAGGCAAAUACUCAGCCAAGACCGGGGUGUACCCGCUAACGGCACUGCUUGGACCAGCGAUACCGGCAACAGGAAAUGCCAAGGUAAACGACCAGUAAGAUCAGCGAACCAGACCAUUGUGCGUCUGUGUGAAUCGAGUGUGGAAUCAGCUCGACGGCGGUCGUUGAAGCAGAAGAG